CGUCAUUACGAUGUUUCUGGAGUAACGUUAGAGGAAGUUAUUCCAGUAAUUUCUCUUUAGCGGAAAACAAAAGUUUGCGGAUUUAAGUCGUUGAACUCAGCUCUAGCCUUUACAAUAUACCUUUAGAAAAAUUUAACCGGAGGUUUAGAACCUUUUGAACAGCAUGAUGUCGGAUGAUGACCAGCCCAAGACGUUGUACGUCGGAAACCUCUCCAGGGACGUGACGGAGGCUCUCAUCAUGCAGGUGUUCACCCAGAUCGGACCCUGCAAGAGCUGCAAAAUGAUCCUCGAUACGGCAGGAAACGACCCAUACUGCUUCGUGGAGUUCUUUGAGCACAUGCACGCUGCCGCUGCCCUGGCCGCCAUGAACGGACGGAAAAUAUUAGGAAAGGACAUGAAAGUGAACUGGGCCUCCAUGCCGAGCAGCCAGAAGAAAGACACAAGCAAUCACUUCCAUGUCUUUGUCGGCGACCUGAGCCCAGAAAUCUCCACAGAGGACGUCAGAGCCGCCUUCGCUCCGUUCGGAAAAAUAUCCGAUGCUCGUGUGGUGAAAGAUCUGGCCACUGGGAAGUCCAAAGGCUAUGGAUUUAUCUCCUUCAUUAACAAAUGGGAUGCGGAGAACGCCAUCCAGCAGAUGAACGGCCAGUGGCUGGGAGGCCGGCAGAUCAGAACCAACUGGGCCACCAGGAAGCCUCCUGCGCCCAAAUCCAACCUCGAGAGUCAGUCCGGUACAGGCAACACCAAACACCUGUCCUACGAGGAGGUGCUGAACCAGUCGAGCCCCAGUAACUGCACCGUGUACUGCGGAGGGGUGACCUCCGGCCUGUCGGAUCAGCUGAUGAGGCAGACUUUCUCUCCGUUCGGGCAGAUCAUGGAGAUCAGGGUCUUCCCGGAUAAAGGGUACUCGUUCGUGAGGUUCGAUUCUCACGAGAGCGCGGCCCACGCCAUAGUGUCUGUGAAUGGGACGUGCAUCGAGGGCCACACGGUGAAGUGCUACUGGGGUAAAGAGACCGCAGACAUGAGGGCCAUGCAGCAGAUGGCCAUGCCCCAGCAGAGUAACCCGGCCUACGCAGCUCAGCCGUACGGACAGUGGGGUCAGUCUUACGGUAACGGGCAGCAGAUGGGUCAGUACGUCCCUAACGGCUGGCAGAUGCCGACGUACGGCGUGUACGGUCAGGCCUGGAACCAGCAGGGCUACAAGUAAGUACACCAGCACGGCGUCCGCCACCUCUUCCUCCUCCUCCUCCUCCUCCUCCUCCUCCUCCUCCUCCACACAUACCCCGAUCCAGGAGGGCAGAACAACGUCAGCGGGACGGACCCAUUCCAUCACGAACGGGGGGGUGGCAACGGACUCCAACCCGAUGUACAGCAUAUUCGGAUCAUUAGCCCACCCUCUCCACCUGGUUUUUGUUUGUUUUUGUUUUUUUCUUUCUUAGGGUUUUCUCCCUUCAUCUUGUAGUUUGGACUGAUUAAAAUAGUGUCAGUCUUUUUAAAAGCGUCUUCUUUUUUUUUUGGGUUCGUUUGCCUUUUUGUAAUGAUUAAUCUCCCCACCCUGUAGUUUGAUCCCCAGGUUUCAGUAGUUUCAGGGUUUAUUAUUAUUAUUAUUUUUUUUUUCUCCAAUCAUUAAAAGAAGUCAAAGUGUUCAGAAACGUCACCCCUGUGUACCAUUUUGUGAACUUUUUCCCUCUGAGAUAUAGUUUUGUGUUUUUUUUUUUUUUUUUUUUGUUCGUAUGGACACACUGCAGCGCAACAUGAUUGUUGAUUUGAUUUUUCUUUUAUUCACAGUCUGGUAGUUUUGUAAAAAAAAAAACAAAAAAAACAUAGUUAUAUAAAUAAAAUAAAAUGGAGGCGGUUUCCUCAGUGGCCUUGACAUGCACCUGAAGUUCCCACGACUUCUCGUGAAAUAACAUUGUUCUUAAUUUCUCCAGCUUUUAACAAAAUUCAUUAUUACACUUUUCCGCAAAACUUUUUUUUUUUUUUUUUUUUCCUCCUUCAAUUUAAUUUUCCUUUCUGCGAUUAUUAACUUUUAUUAAAGAUGCCAUGUGGUUAAUAUUUCAUUAUAAUGUACAAUGCUUAUGUUAAGCUCUGAUGUUUAAACGUCCUUGUCUUGCUCUUUAUAUAUAUAUAUAUAUAUAUAUAUAUAUAUAUAUAUAUAUAUAUAUAUAUAUAUAUAUAUAUAUAUAUAUAUAUAUAUAUAUAUAUAUAUAUAUAUAUAUAAAAAUAUGAAUAUAUGAAUCAUGUUUGUUUAAAAUGAAAGUUAAGUUUAGGCUAGGACACCAGAGUGCUGUACGUUGUGUGUAAAGAUAUUUUUUGUAAUUGUGUUAUUACGUUCGCGCUUGUUUACCAUCCGGUAAAUCGUCCGGGCGAUCUCAAAGCCGCUCUGUUCUCGACGUAUGGAGUUUAGAUUUAUUCAGACGUGCCGUUUUAAACGUUUUCUCUCUCUUCUUUUUCUCCCCUUCGCGAUUCCUUUCUGGGUUUUUUUUGUUUGUUUGUUUGUUUUCUCGGGCAAACAUGUCACUUUGUUGAUUUUACAAGCCAAAGACGAGGAUCGCCGUCAGAUAAUCCCGAACGCUCUUUUAUCAACUCAACCGCUGUAGAUAGAUCCAGUGUUCUUGUGGAAAAGGAACAGGAAGUCCACUUCUCCUGCUUUUCCACUUCCUGCCACAGAGCCGAGCUGUAGAUGGUCAUAUCACAGGUGCGUGUGCGUUGUUUUGUUUUUUUUUCUUUACCCCCCCCCCCCCCCCCCCCCCCAAAAAAAAUCACGUCUCUCGGGUGCGUUUUCUUACUUCGUCCUGUUAAUCAUCACUGUCCUUUUAAAGAGAAGAGCUUAAGCGAUUAAAUCCUGUUAAAUCUGUUUUUUUUUUUUUUUUUUUUUUUAAAUAUCUCCACUUGUUUUGGCUAAUGAAUCAAAUGUUCUGCUUUCUAGAAUUCGAGACUGUAUUUUGUAAAAAGCUGAAGAAAGAUGUACUGUUCAUCUUUUAUUUUCUGGACUUCGAUUGAGUAGUGUUUUUUUUUUUUUUUGGAUUUAGUUUUUUUUUUUUUCUUCCUAGCUCAUUCCGGUUUUCUCCUCGACUUCUUCUUUUGGAGGGACAUUUAAUUUUGUGUAAAUAACUUGGUAUCCAUUAAUAUGAUAACCAUUAAAAGGCUGUUCCAGUAUUCUGAGACUCUGAGAAGUAAAAAAAAAAAAAAAAAAAAAAAAAAAAAAA